ACGUGUUGUGAGGGGGACUGGAUUGGAUGUUACUCUCCUAACGUGGGAAGUACCGGAAGGGGAAAAAAAGAAAGAUGGCUGCCGUGGUAAACUUGAUUUCUUCUCCCAAGAUUUCGGGGAAAUUUUAUUAUCUCUUCGCCGCUGUAAGAAACGGAAGGUGUGCGCCUGGCCCGGGUAGAUCAUGGAAACGAGAGAGUAGUUCACAUGAACAGGAAUCCAAUCAAGAAGAUAUGCCUGUUUCAAUGGAAAACCCCUACAAGGAGCCUCCUAAAAAGUGUGUCUUGUGCGGUGUAACAAUUGACUACAAGAAUGUACAGCUUUUAUCACAGUUUAUUUCACCAUACACCGGUCGCAUACUUGGUAGUCAUAUAACAGGCUUAUGUACAAAGAAACAAAAAGAAAUGGGAAGAGCCAUUAGAAGAGCCCAUUGCAAGGGAUUUAUGUCGAUUAUGCACAAGGACCCGAUGUUUCGCAACGACCCCAAAAUAUGUAAUAUUAAAUAUCCAGAAUAAAUUGUAUCAAUUAUGCCUAGCCUAUUUUUGUAAUUAGACUAUGUUUAUUAUUAGAAUGUUAAUUAAUGAGCUAUCAAUAUGUCCAUGAUGAGAAUAUUAUUUCAUUCAUUCUGAUGACAAAUUGAUCAUCAACUAUAGCAUUGUCAGGAGAGAAUGUGUCUUUGUAGUAAAUAUGUUUGCUUCAACUUGUAUGCGGUCUUUUGGAUUUAUCAGAAUGCAGUUGUUUAAGAUGCAGCAUAAAUAAAUCUUUUUACCUACUGA